AUGAUCGACUUUACGAAGUGUUUUUCUCGAUAUGCCAACAAGAAGACACUUAGCGAACCAGCACCGCUUCUCUUCCUGCGCGUAUCAAUAGCAAUCUUUAUCAGUAUUACAUUUAUAUCAUAUAUCGUUUACCUACUGAUAGCCAUUAAGAACGAUGCACCUGUGCUCAGGUUCACGCAAGAGACGUUAACAAAAAUGGAAAUACCAGACAUUGAAAUAUGCUCGGACAACAGUGAUGUUAUUAUAACAAAAUGCAUAUUUUACAUGACGGGAUUUCAAAAUAACCAAUACUACGACAACUGCACAACUCCGGAAGGAAUAAAUUAUCUCAUACCAGGAAACAAGGCAAAUACCAGGACAUUUUGUUAUCUGUUUACCACAAACAAAACUAUACACUUUCCGCAAAGUUCCGAACAUGGGGUGAUUGCGGUCGAGUUUCUAUUUAAAAUUGCAAAUCUCACGGCUUCUGUUGGACAAGGCUGGGCAAGCCCUGCGAUUAGCAUCCAACCAUUUCAUCCAGACUUUAAUCCGCUUUGGAGACCGCCACCUAAUACUCCCAAAGCAGUAGAAUUCGAAAAUGAACUGCGAGGUCAAAAAAACUCAUUUUCGGGAAUACAGAAUUAUGUUACAAAGGUUUCUUUACGCCAAUCAAAAUUUCGUGCAAUUAACCAUAAAACCUUCCGAUCAGUGCUCGGUCUGGAUCCUAUAUACUUCGACUACUUCUUCUUUGACGUUGACUCAAAAUAUUUCCCCGUUGAACCUGGUCCUGCGUUCUCACCUACAACAAACACGGGCGUAUUUUCCAUACAGCCUCAGAGUUUUGAACAGGAAGUCAAAGAGCAACAGAGAUCAAGAACUUUAUUGUCUUCCUUGGGUCUCACUGGUGGCGCUUUUGGCGUAUUAUUUGGUCUAUACACAGUUCUUUUUGGAGCAUCUCGAUUAAAACCAUGGGGUAUUUUUCACCGAACGCUUAUUAAACGAACACAGAUUUCUAAUCAACUUCAGUCUCUCCCUCUGGUCAGUCCUGUCCAAUCGUCAACUUUGACAUUGUCUUCAUCAGAACGGACUAUGCGCCUGGAAAAUCGUGUACAAGAACUUGAAGAAUUGUUGCAAGAUUAUUUCCUAGACACAUCGUACUUGAGAAAAGUUGGUAAAAAUGCUUUUGGAUACAAGGAAGACGAAAGAGUUGUAAUAAUUGACAAUGUACAGAAACCAUCUAAGAUGAAGAAUGACCAGUACGAUGAAGAAUGA